AUCGAGGUUUAGCCUAUUUGUUGCAAAUUGUUUUAAUACAGAUCGAGUCGAGAAACAACUUUCACUAAAUAGUCCUUGAUUUAAUUACGUGCCGUUGUCAUACCUAACGUGAAAUAGCCUAAACGUUUGUCAAGAGAGGAUCUCUAAAACUCUGUUGGCAAGUGCUAGGGGAUAGACUGGUUGCUUGUUGUUUGGCAUGAUGUUUGACCUGACCUAACAACCCAGUAUUCUUUGACAUUAACCUUUCCAGCCACAUGCACUACACCGACUGACAAUAGAGAGUACAACUAGGAUUAAAACAAUUGUAGAAGCGUUUUUAUUUUUUGUAUUGUUCAUUUUGACACAUUUUGAUGGCUGUAAAAGCAUUUUUUAUGCUACGUUACAGCUCUUAUGCAGUUGAAUGUUUUUAAAACACAUGUGGUUUGGUUCUUAGUUUAGAGGCAAUGCCAGUCUGAAAGUGUCUUCAAUUUUGAAAAUAUCUUAAAUGUUUUAAAACACUAUAUUGAUAGCAUGUCCUAUUAUAAUGUAAUUAGUGUUUGACUGGAUAAGAAUUCAUGGGAGCCACCAUUUGCUGUGAGAAGUAGGUCAAAUUCCAACAGUCCCUGAAGACAUGUUGUCCUUUCCUGAUGAAAUGGGCUGAUUAGUUCCCAAAGGAGCUCUUACUGAGGUUGGAUACUGCUGUUUGAUCCACCCCGCUGUUUUUCACCCUCUGUACAAAAUACCUUGGUGCACAUAAAAUCAAGAGUGAACACGUGCAAAGGUUGUUGCACUUUGCCCAAGUCUGCCCUCUAGCUACUUGCGAAGAAUUCCUCUUUCCUCAGUCCAUGACUAUCACACCAUUUCCUUUAAUCUUAUAUUGAAAAUAGAUUACAAAUACUUGUAUCAAUGACUGCAACUGUCACAUAUUCUUACUGUAAUCGUCACAUUAAACCCAUUGUUAUUCUAAUUUGCACUUGGCUUGUAUACUUUGUAGAGCCCCUGAUUGCCUUUGACAGUGUCUGACAGCAGUGUGCAGUCAUAGACAAAGUGUGUGUGCGUGUCCAUUUUAGUGUUAUAGUGGAUCUAUAACUCAUCAAGCGAGUCUGGUCUUGGUCAAGCCAGCUUGAGGCCUUAGAAAACAGAGAAUCAGACCAGCUCUGCCAACCACACAAUCAGAACCUGUCCCAUUGUAAUGCAGCAGCACAAAAAUGAGGGAGGUUGUUCUGUCCUUCCUCAUUGAUGUUGGGAUACAGUCAUCAGAGUGUGUGUUGCAAUCUUUGGCAUGCUGACAAAGCCUUUAUAGCAAAUGCACUUUGAAAGACUAGUGGGAUUUGCCGGAUGUGACACUGUUUAUCUUUAGUGUUCAGUUAACACAAUUCACCUAAAAUCUGGAUGAUAAAUUAAUUGAAACCCUUUUAUCUUCAGAUUGUAAACCAUGACAUCAUGGAUAUUUUGUGAUGAAAGGAAAAAAUAAGACGGGAUGACGAGCCCCCACUUAUAACAGGCUGGAUUCCCUACCUGGGGAAGGCAGUGGAGUUUGGAAAAAAUGCUCAUAUGUUUCUUGCAGCACACAAGGAAAAACAUGGAGACAUAUUUACUAUAUUGAUUGCAGGAAAGUACAUUACAUUUAUCAUGAACCCACUGCUGUAUCCCAACGUCAUCAAACAUGGAAAACAGCUGGACUUCCACGAGUUUUCUGACCAGGUUGCCCCAGUAACUUUUGGCUACCCUCCUGUAAGAAGUGGCAAGUUCCCCGGCAUGGAUGAGCAGAUCCAGAGAUCCUUUCGCCUCCUCCAAGGUGACAGUCUGACUACCUUAACAGAGAACAUGAUGGGUAACCUCAUGCUCGUGUUUCGGCAAGACUACCUGAGGGAGACGGAGGAGAGUAGGGAUCAGGAUGGUGCUUGGAGGACUGAAAGCAUGUACCAGUUCUGCAGUUCUGUCAUGUUUGAGGCGACUUUCAUGACCAUGUACGGCCAGCCAGAAUACGCCUGUCGACACAGCGGAAUGAGUACGCUCAGAGAACAAUUUGUUAAGUUCGACAACAUGUUUCCACUCCUAAUCGCCCAGAUCCCCAUCUCUCUACUGGGUUGGACCAAGUCUAUACGGGAAGAGCUGAUCAACUACUUCCUGCCACAUAGAAUGUCACGCUGGUCCAACACAUCACAGUUCAUCAAAAAAAGAGCUGAGGUCUUUGAGCAGUAUGAUUGUCUUGGAGAUGUAGAUAAAGCAGCUCAUCAUUUUGCCAUCCUAUGGGCCUCAGUGGGCAAUACAAUCCCAGCAACCUUUUGGGCCAUGUAUUACCUGGUAACUCACCAAGAAGCCCUUGCAGCUGUAUUUAAGGAAAUCCAGAAUGUGUUGAACCUCUCUGGAAUAGAGGAGCUGAAAAAUAGAGACAUCACUUUCACCAAGGACCAGUUGGACGGUCUUCUCUAUCUGGAGAGCGCCAUCAACGAGAGUCUGCGGUUGUCUUCGGCCUCCAUGAACAUUCGUGUGGUCCAGGAGGACUUCAGCUUACGGCUAGCAGGGGAGCGAUCGGAGGCGGUGAGGAAAGGAGACGUGAUCGCCCUGUACCCUCAGAGCAUGCAUAUGGACCCAGAGAUCUACCAAGACCCCGAGGUUUUCAAGUUUGACCGGUACGUCGAGGACGGUAAAGAAAAGACCGACUUCUACAAGGAUGGCCAGAAGCUGAAGUACUACCGCAUGCCAUUCGGCUCUGGUUCCACCAAGUGUCCUGGAAGGUACUUUGCGAUAAAUGAGAUAAAGCAGUUCCUGUCUCUCCUUUUACUUUACUUUGACAUGGAAGUGGUGGAGGGUCAGAAGCGGGUCACCCUGGACUCAAGUCGAGGAGGUCUGGGGAUUCUGCUUCCCGCCACCGAUGUAAGGUUUCGGUACAGGCCUCGCCAAGCCUGAUUGGAUGACGGACUAUUGGUACCUAAAGAAGGCAGAGUCCUAUGCGGGACAUUGGAUUGGACGUACAUCUGCCGUAUUAUAUUCAGAGAAAAUCACAGCAGUAAUUGUGGGCCAAAGACUGGACCCAUAAUGUAUAGCACAGGUGUAUGCUGUUGUCUUAUAGUACAGUAUUUAAUUCCAUUCCAUUUCAUAGUAUUGAAGAUUCAGUUGAGAACUGUUGUCUUUGAAACCCAAUUCUUCAUGAUUAACAGUUGAUAUAGAUACCAUUUUAUUUUCUCUGUUAUUCUUUUUUUUCUUUCAUGCUAUUGAAGCUGUACAUCCUUAAAAUGUGUGUCCCGGAUUCUCAAAUGCUUUUCUCGCUCAUUUUUUGCAAUAUUGUGGUCCUAAUAUCUUAUGACUUAUUUAUUAUUUUAAUGUUUAUUUUUGCCUGACCCGUAAUCGACUAUUCAAUGUUUUAUAUUCAAAUGUCUUUUAAAUUUCAAGCACUACUCACAAUUAUGAAAUAAAACAAAAUAAACCAUUAGAAAUGUGUUACAUC